AUGUUGGCCUCAUCCAAAACUCAAUCUAGCCCCGACGCUCAAUCCAGCUCGAAACUCCGCAUCGGCCUCGUCCUCUUCCCAGGCUUCGAUGCCCUCGAUGCCUUCGGCCCCAUGGACUGCCUGAACGCACUCUCCUCCAAACGCUACAUCACGCUCUCCGUCCUCUCGCACACCCUCGACCCGGUCUCAACCAAAUCCCCCUUCGCAAGACAAUCCGUCGGCCAGUCCGUCAUGCCUACACACACUUUCGCCAAUGCACCGGCCCUCGACGUUCUCAUUGUCCCCGGAGGCCCCGGCACCCACUGUCUCGGAAGCGAGGCCAUCGAAGCCGCGGUCAACUUCAUUGCGGCUUCCUACCCGCGCCUCAAGUACCUGAUUGCAAUCCGGAAGGGGUGCGGCCUUGUGGCGCUAUCCGGCGUUUUCAGUAUCAAGCUGGCGACCAAGAAGGGUAAACAUGGUAUGUUAGAUAGCAAGGCAGCGAACAAGGAGGAUGCAAAGUCCGUGGCCAAGGAUGAAAAGGUCAAGGAGGAGAAGAGACUCGAGAAAACUGAGAAGCUUGAAAAGAUAGUGAAUGGGUGGAAAGGACAGGUCGACGGGAAUGUUGACUGGGCUGCUGGCGCGAGAUGGAUGGUCCAUAAAAAUAUUUGGACCGCCUCACGCGGCAAUAGCAGUGUGGGGAUUGAUAUCGUUUUGGCCUGGUUGGAGGAGCUGUACGGUGAGUGGGUUGUGGGCGAGGUUGCUGCGCAGAUGGAGCACGAGAGGCGUGGGGAUGCUAGGGUGGAUUAUUUUGAGGCCUUCCAUACCAUGCAGAACGGUAACAACUCGGGGUGGUAG